AUGAUACAGUACAAGAAAAAAGUCUAUCACUUAGUUGUACCAAUGGGUUGUACUCAUAGUAAGAAAAACUCGAAAAUUUCUUCAGAUAAACCAGUUGCAAAAGUGCUUAGUAGGCCGGUUCCUGAAUCUCGACCGCCAAGCGUACAAUUCACCAUGUCGUCAAGUUCGCUAAGCACGGAAGAAGCAAAAAAACACUCACGACAAUCUGUAAACAAUAAAAACAGGGCUUGCACGCCAAACGAAUUGGAAACACCAAAAACCGGAUCAGUUCAUAAAGAGAAAGACAGGAAUAUAGCAGAACAACAAGGUAGCAAGAACGUUGGACCAAGUCCAAUCAGAUCACCACGUCGUGACCAAGUCGAAGCUGCUCGUGAAGCAGCGCGAGAAGCAGCACGUGAAGCGGCCAGAGAAGCAGCUCGUGAAGCAGCACGUGAAGCUGCAAAAGAGGCUCGGAAAGAAAGACGGCGUAAAGAUGAAAGACACAGAAGCAGACAACCGCCACCUGCAUUGAACACUUUCUGGGAUCAAGAGGAUCAGGAAUACAUCAUAAGGAAAACUAUGCAGAGGAAUCAGAGGAGAUUACACGCAAUGCAAGAUCGCGAUGAGACGGAUGACACCUUGUUUGAGAUACCGACACGUAUGCCAGAAAUGGAUUUCACUAGGACAUCAAUGCUUGUUAACUGA